GGAGACACUCAUCCAAUGCCCGUAGCUGAGACACUCAUGGGAUCCAAAUCCUAUGAUACUCUCGGCAUUCUCUCUCUAAAAAUAACUCCUCUCGUCAGCGCCCUUUUAUCAUCACAGAUCCAUUAUUUGCAGUUUUAUUGCGAAGAUUCUAUAAUGAUGAAGUUUUCACUCCUGCCCAUCAUUGUAUUUCUCACAGUUGAGCUUGGAGCUGCACAUGCUUCCUUAAGUCCUGAACUUUAUUGGAAGUCCGUGCUUCCCACUACUCCCAUGCCUAAAUCCAUCACAGAUCUCCUCCACUCCACUGGUGGAGGCACUGCAAUCCAUGUUAGGGGCAAAGACAGCACUAAAGCAGGCUUCAUAAAAUAUGCUAAGGCCAGCGAUAAAGCUGCCUUCCAAAACUAUGCUAAGGCCAGUGAUAAAGCUGCAUUCCAGAACUAUGUUAAGGCGAGUGGCAAAGCUGCCUUUCAAAACUAUGUUAAGGCCAGUGAUAAAGCUGCCUUCCAAAACUAUGCCGAGGCGAGUGGCAAAGCUGCCUUUCAAAACUAUGUUAAGGCCAGUGAUAAAGCUGCCUUCCAAAACUAUGCUGAGGCGAGUGGCAAAGCUGCCUUUCAAAACUAUGUUAAGGCCAGUGGUAAAGCAGCUUUCCAAAACUAUGUUGAAUCCGAAACCCAAGCCCAUGAAAACCCCAACGCAGCUCUAAUCUUCUUGGAAAAGGACUUGAAGUCGGGUCAUAAAAUGAACUUGCAGUUCACGCAGACCUCUAACCAAGCUUCCUUCCUACCUCGUGAAGUUGCAAAAUCCAUUCCCUUUUCUUCAAGCAAGAUGGCUGAAAUAUUGAACAAGUUUGGUGUAAAGCCUGGGUCAGAAGAUGCUGACGUUAUGAAAAAUACAAUUAAAGAGUGUGAAGAAACUGCAAGCAUUAAAGGAGAGGAGAAAUACUGUGCGACAUCAUUGGAAUCCAUGGUUGAUUUCAGCACUUCCAAACUUGGGAAAAACGUGGAAGCUUUGUCCACUGAAGUGAAGAAGGAAACAAAGAUGCAAGAAUACACAAUAACUCAUAAUGGAGUGAAGAAGGUGGGAGAGGCUAAAGUGGUGGUGUGCCACAAGAUGGAUUAUGUGUAUGCUGUGUUUUAUUGUCACAAAAUAGAGACAACAAGAGCUUAUACGGUGUCAUUAGAGGGGGCUGAUGGGAGCAAAGUGAAAGCGGUAUCUGUUUGUCACACAGACACAUCAGAGUGGAACCCAAAACAUCUAGCCUUUCAAGUGCUAAAAGUGAAGCCAGGAAGUGUUCCUGUGUGCCACUUCCUUACUCAAGAACAAAUUGUGUGGGUUCCUAAACAAACCUGAUCGAGCAUCAAUCUCUAUGCUACGCUUGAUAAUGAAAAUGCAUGGUGAAACUCACAAAUUUUGUGUGGAUUAAUAUUGCACUACUUUAUCUCUCUCCUCUUGAUCAAGACUAGCUAGUUAUGAUUGAUAAUCCAUGUCUCACUCAAAUAAGAUCGUUAUGGUGCAUAUAAAAGUAAGAUAUCUGUGCAAUUAAGAUCUUUAUGCAUGUAAAAGUAAGACCUCUAAGCAGGUAUGUUUGAAGAA